UCAUUCUUUCAUGUACUCCGAAUUCAAAAAUAUGUCCCUCUUGAAUAUGUCGAAUUCAGAGUUAUUUCUUGUUGAGGAAGAUCCGAAGGUGAUGAAAUUCGACUUUCUUCUAACAUCUACAUUAGAGUUCUCAGAUAGCAGCCUAAUUGCCACUUCGGAGGAGAGUGAAUUUCAUGUACGAGAAGAAAAGGAAGAAGAAGAACAAGAACAGGGACAAGUUGGGCAGCAACAACAACAGAAGCAAGAGAAAGAAGAGGAUAGCGAGAGUUUAGUUUCUUCUGAGAAGCAAAAACUGCCUUCUCUGGGAGAAUUCACGGCCACAGGGGACGAAGGCAACGACGGGUUCCGAACCCCAACAUCUACAGAUCACAGAAUCCCAGUAAUCCAACAAUGCCCACCUGCACCAAGGAAACCCGCAUCAUCAACGAAACGAAAAGCAUCUCCGACUGGGCAAAAUUACCUGCUCGAUCUGUCCGACGAGAUUAUAUCACUGUUUCCACCUGCCUUACUCGCCGAUCUUGGCCGUAAGAUCAAGAAAGUCCGCGGCAACGAUGCUAAAUGAUCAUUGAGCCACGUAUAUACGGGUAAGCCAAUUGUGUUAAAUUUGUAGGAAAUGUCCGAAUAGAAAUUGGAGAGCACUCACGCAUUAAUUUCCAUGAAGACGAUGUUAAUGGAGGAAUGUUGCUUUUUCUUGCUGGUUGGUCUUCGACUCUUCGCCAUUAUAUAUGAUCUCCAUUUAUUCUCUGGUUGAGAUUUUUGUUGGGGUUGCCGGGCAUUGACCCAAAAUCCAGCAGAUUCCGGAUAUAAUCUUGUAAUGUUAAGUUGCAAAAAGAUCAAAUUAAACUGAAGUACAGAGACACCAUGGGAAAUGGCAUUCCUACUUUA